AUGUUCGAGCGUACUGCAACAUCUUUGUGGACGGAACGGCUGCGCACAUCAGAUCAAAUUCUUGCAUCCAUUUCACACCGAACAGCUGGUGUCGUGAAGAAGAAGCUGCCUUUGCGGGAGGAUGCCUGCAAUGAGGAGAUGGACGAGGCGGUGGUGGUGGUUGCGGCCGCGCUCUUCCAGCUCUUCCUUCCAAGACUCGUAGAGAGUUGCACACGGUGUAGGCGAUUAGCAAUUCUCGCCUCAAAUCGAAUCCUCUCCUUGACUUUUCAGUUCUGGUUAAUUUGCUUAAAGACAGCUGCAAUAUUUGUUUGGCUGCUUUACGUUUUUUUACCAUGUACCUGA